UCUGGUGAAGACACUACAUAGUCCCAGUAGAAGAGGGACAACCCUCUCAUGAAUGGCAACUCCUCUGUCUUUAUGCAUAAAGGGUCAACAUGGAUAAGCACACACUUCAAUGAGGACAAAGAAGUUAAGCCAAAAGCAUCAUAGGAAAAGAAGAAAGAUUACAUAAGCAUCAUCACAAGCAAAACCUAACAUGGCAGCAGACUUCCAACUACUGAAUGACUCCUGCUCAAAUAGCUCAACUCCUGUUUUCACAGGCCUGGACCUUCUCUUUGAACUGAAGCCACUUUUCAUUCCUCUCUAUGCUGUACUGGUGAUUGUAGCCUGUACAGGGAAUUUCUUCCUCAUUGUCCUUAUCGGUAUCACCAAAAAGUUGCAUAGCACCACCAAUUUCCUCAUUGGAAACUUGGCAGCAGCUGAUCUGAUCAUGUGCAUUUUCUGCGUCCCACUGACUGCCUCAUAUGCAUUUGAGAUUCGUGGAUGGAUCUUUGGGGUGUUCAUGUGUUACUUUGUCACCCUCAUGCAAGUGGCCACUGUGUUUGUGUCUGUUCUCUCCCUCACUGCUAUAGCUGUGGACCGAUACAUUGUUGUUGCUUACCCCAUACGCAAAAGGAUAAGAUGCAAGUCCUGUGUCUAUAUUGUGGCCUUCAUUUGGUUGCUGUCCAUUGUGGUCUCUGUCCCCACAUCUAUGCACACCCAUUACUUGGAUCUCAAUAGCAUUGGCCAUGACAUGAUCAUCUGCGAAGAAUUCUGGAAACACCAUGAGACAGAGAGGUGGCUGUACUCUUGCUUGAUGCUACUCCUGUCCUACAUGCUCCCCCUCUCUGCUGUCUCUGUCUCCUACUGUGCCAUUUCUUAUCACCUCAGGAAUAGGAGUGUCCCAGGCGCUGCAUACCACAACCAAGAGAAAUGGACUAAAAAAAAGCAAAAGACCUUCCGGAUCCUUGUCAUCUCAGUCAUGUGUUUUGCUUGUUGCUGGCUACCUCUUCAGGUGGUUAAUCUGAUCAGAGACAUAGAUGAGGAAUUUACUGUCCUAGACAAGAGAUACGUGAAUGUCAUCCAAGUGUCCUGCCAUGUGAUUGCCAUGAGUUCUGCAUGCUUCAAUCCAUUCAUCUAUGCCUCUCUCCAUGACAAGUUUCGACUCCAGAUUAGUAACUACUUGUACCACAGGAAGACAUCAAGUGUCAUGUACCGAAAGGCUUCCCGGCUGUAUACCUGCUCCACUUUGGCAGAUAACCCCAUAGUGAUCACAGAAAAAAUACCACUGCAAGACAAGUUUCCUUUUAACUCAAACGCAGCAGCUCUACAAAUAUAAAGAGAGCUGGUUCACUGACACAGACAUACUGGGUAUCUUCCUUCUAAGCUUGUAUCGUGUGUGAUCAGUCAUGGCUGGUGUGGUGAGGCAGAGCUACAGAAC